GUCCUGCGCCGGAAGCGAAUUCACACAGGAUCACUGCAUCACACAGGCUGUGUUAUGAUUAUUUCAAUGUCCGCGGGAUCGCCACACGACACUCUUUGCCCCAUUCAAGCAGCAGAGUCUACGAUGCAGGCAGACAGCGAGCCUGCGGAGCCGGAGGAAUCGGAGAAAGCAUCAAACAGCGAGGACGAGGAGGACGAAGGCUUAGGUGAUGUACCUGACCACCAGCUGGCAUCUGAUUUUUCAUUGGAUUCAUCGGAGUCUGAGAAUGAGGAACCCACAGGGGAGGGUGGCUGGAUAUCAAAGAGUAGGAACAUUGUCUGGUCUCCCACUGAAAAUCAGACGGUCCCUUAUGAACCAGACACUGAUGACACUGAUUUGAAACCAGGACCAACUCUUUGGGCCACAUCCAAGAUGCACUCUCUGGAGUCAGCCUUUGAUUUAUUUAUUACAGAGGAGAUUGUCAACGUUAUUGUGGAAAUGACCAACAGUCAGGGGAGACACAAGGUUCCAGAUUGGCGGGAUAUAGAUGCCACUGAACUGCGUGCAUUCAUUGGAAUUCUGCUGUUAACUGGUGUGUACAAGUCAACAAAUGAAUCCAUGCGAAGCCUUUGGAAUGCAGAGACUGGACGCUCAAUCUUUCGGGCGACAAUGUCCAUCAGGACAUUCAAUAGGAUUAACUCUACUUUGAAGUUUGGUGACAGUCUUAACAAAACUUCAAGCCAUACAGAUGACAAACUAGCAAAAUUCAGAUGCAUAUGGGAUAGAUGGACGCAUCGCCUCGGCCUGCUUUUCAACCCUGGCCAGGAUGUCUGUGUGGGUGAGCACGUUGUGCCCUUCAGAGGCUGCUGUGCAUUCCGUCAGUACAUUAAUAACCCUGCCAGGUACGGCAUCAAAAUCUGGGUCACCUGCGACGUUGAGACGUCUUAUGCUUGGCGUAUGCAAAUAGAUAUUGGGAAACCAGCUGACGGUUCCUCAGGGUUUAACAAGGGACACAGGGUUGGCCUAGAGAUGACGGAGGGGCUCCGAGGCAACACCGUCACAUGUGACAAGGUGUUGACCUCCUAUGAGCUGGCAGAGGAGCUGCUGAACAGGAAAAUGACAUUAGUGGGAGCCAUUCGCAAAAGCAAGCCCGAAAUCCCCCCACAACUGCUCCUGACAAAGACGAGACAGACUCACUCCUCUCUUUUUGCAUUCACCCGAACACACACCGCUGUGUCGUACAUACCCAAACUGAGGAAGAAUGUGCUGCUUCUCAGUACAAAGCAUCAUGAGCGUGCUGUCAGCAACACGGAGAAGAUGAAGCCGCUCAUAAUCAUGGACUACGACCGCUGCAAAGGAUGUGUUGACAACCUGGAUAAGGUUAUUGCCACCUACAGUUGCAGGAAGAGAACCCAUCGGUGGCCAUUGGUGCUAUUUUACCAUCUUCUCGAUAUUUCGGUCUACAAUGCCUAUGUGCUGUGGACAGCAGUGGAUCCCACAUGGAACAAGGCCAAGACCUACAGGAGGAGGACUUUCAUUGAGGAGCUGGGAAAGACACUGGUGGCACCUCAUAUGGCACGGAGACCACGUCUUCCACGCGAAGCAAGUGCUGUUGCCAUGAUAAAAGAGUUACAAGACAGAGAACCCAUCUCAGAAAAUUACAACCCCAGGAGGAGGGGGACAUGUGACUUUUGUACUGGCAAAAGAAAAAGAUGCACCAUGAGCUGUUCUAAAUGUGGCAGAUUUGUGUGUAAGGUGCACAGCACAUGUAUUUGCAACUCAUGUCGCUUUUGUCCCAUUGUAAACCUUCAAUGAAUGUUCAUUUUUGAGAACAAGACAAUAAAAUCAUUGAAGGGUA